AUGGUGUUAUCAUGUACCUGUAUAAAAUGGGGUUUAGUCCCCAAGGACAGUCUUGCAAACAUGGUUGCUACAUUACGGGAUAAUGCUCUAGCUUUAUCAACAGUGCGAAAUCGGGCAGCUGAAUUUAGGAGGAAACGAGAGAAACUUGAAGAUGACCCAACGAAUGGAUGUCCUGCAACAAUCACCAGCAAGGAAAACAUUGAUCGUCCUCAUCUCAUGAUGAUGGAUGACAGGCGAUUGACUAUAAAUCAACUAACCAACGAUAUUAGCAUAUUCUGUGAGAGAAUUGAGAAUAUCGUACGCAAUGAACUCGAUAUGACAAAAGACAAUGCUUCAGCACAGAAGCGCUUGGCUCCAAUGGCUGCUGUGCAUGACUGUGACUUUGAACUGGUUGAUCACCAUAACUAUCCUCCUGAUUUGGCCCUCUCUCACUAUCAUCUGUUCUCCAACAUAAAACGACACCUAAAUGGGAACCACGCUCUCCGAACACUUCCUUUACCGGGACGUAAACAAACCAACACUGGAAUUGCUGUGAAGUCAGUCGUCUAUACGUCAAGGAAACCGGGUAACCGGCUUUAUGUGUCCCAGGAGUGA